GACAAUAUUAUAAAACAUACAAAGGAAAAUUGUAUAGAUUUAUUUUUUUAUUCGCUGAAUAAAAAUAAAAAUACAUCUCUUGUGUUUAAUCAUGCAUUUAUAGGUCUCGGUGCAGACGAGCGAUUUGCGACAGCUUUUUCGUGGUAAUCGUGUAUUUAUGUUUGCUAUGUAAUUAUGAAAACACAGACAAACAUAAUCGUAGCGGCAAAACGUUGCCGCAAACUGCUCGUCUGCACUAAAGCAACCAUUAAUCGAAUAAUAAUCAAUGAUUCUAUUUAGCAAAGAUUCAUCUCAAUAAAUGUACUAUUUAAGUGUUAAUAGUAGCUUAACGUAUGACUGUCACAACUAAUAAAUAUUAUACAGAUGUUGUAAUUAAUCAAACUGCAAAUAUAUAAGGAGGUGAGCAAUUGAUGUUCCCAGAGAGACUAAUUGUAAGGUAAAAGUACCUAUUUCCUAUAUUAAGUAUAAUAUUUCCAGAGAAAGUAAUAAAUUAUAAAAUGCUUAUUAAUAUGAAUGAGAAAAGUGACGUAACAACUAUUUAUUAUAAAACACCGUUUUCGUACUAUGUCACGGUGUUUCAUAAAUACUUGUGCAGUUCAAAAUGUAAUUAAAAAGCUUGUACAUCUGUUUUAUAAACCAGUACACAGAGAUAGAGGCAGGUCCUCAAAUCUGAAAUGCGUAUACUAUUACAUAAUUCGGAAUAUUAAAAAGAUUGAAGUACACAAGAAUGAAACAAAUAUAAAUUUCAUAUAUGCUACAAAUAUUUUUUUAUUUUAUUAAGUAUGGAACAAUUUAAAAAGUGGAUUAUAAUUGAGACGGUGUUUUACGAUAGGUACUCUUAUCCUAUAGCUUCAAAUUUAUAUGUCCCGCGACUUGAGCGAACAAGGUACCCUAUUGAUGCGCAGCGCGUUAAGUAAAUCGAUGCGCCUCGGCCGCGGGCUUUUAGCUACUUUUAGCAUACUCCAAUUUUUCUGCGUCCCGGUUUGCACGGUUUACGGAUUUUUCGUCCGUGCGAAUGCAUCAGAAAGUCACGAUGUACCGAUUGGAACUGUAAAAACGUUCAAUGAACGUGUCUGGUGUAAAAAAAUCGCGUGUCUCGCCUGCAAAAAACGUACCGCGAGCAACGCCAGUGCGUACUUUUCUCAAAUAAUAAAGAAUAUGAUCACGGUUUCUUGUCAUUCGAGUAGUGGUUGUCGCAGUCGUGUCGAAUGAUUCGUACGCGAGUAAUAUGUUAGUUGUGACACCAACGACUCGCGGAACUUCGUCAACCCCGACGAUUAUUGUUCAACAAUACGGGGACUUGCAUACACGAGCUGAAUAAUUGUAUUAAAUAAUGAGAAUCAACGCAACAAAAAUGAGUAGUCUGAUCGAGGAGAAGAUUGAUCAGAAGCUGAAGGUAAGGACAGGAAUGGUGAGUGUCAGUGACGGAAAAAGUAAACCAGUACCAAUGCGCUUACACCUGUCCAUGGAAGUUUUAAAACUUCAGAGGGAAGAUUUAGAGCAGGCAGCAAAUCAUAAUAAGCCACCAUUAGAUGCUAAGGAAAGAAUGGUGCAAAUCACAAGACAAAAAGUUGGAGGGCUGGGAUUGAGUAUAAAGGGAGGUGCAGAACAUAAACUUCCUGUGCUCAUAUCUAGAAUUUAUAAAGGCCAGGCAGCAGAUCAAUGCGGUCAACUGUUUGUAGGAGAUGCAAUUAUUAAAGGUAAUAGUAGGUUUACACCCUGUAUAACUGCAUGUAAUCACGAUGAUGCUGUCAACAUUUUAAGAAAUGCUGGUGAUUUAGUUGUUUUGACAGUGAAACAUUAUCGCGCAGCAAAGCCCUUUUUACAAAAAACUGAAAAAGAAGAGAGAUUAGACAAUGUUGCAAACGGGGCUGCAGAAGAUGACUGGUUAUCAACUAAUAGACAGAGCGAAAGCCCCAGAUGCGGUCACAGUAGACAAGGUUCAAAUGCAUCUGCAACUUCUAUUCAAUCUAAAAAAUGGGUGGAUAUUAUAACAGUUCCAUUAAUGAUGGCUUAUGUAACGAGAUAUAUAUUUGGAACAGACAAAUUGAGAAGAAAUGCGUUUGAAGUAAGAGGAUUAAACGGUGCCCGUACUGGCGUAAUACAUUGUGACGACAGUGCCAUUCUGAGUCAAUGGUUAAAAUACAUAACUGAUAAUAUUACAGGCUUAACGCAUCUACAGAUGAAGUUAUAUAAUCGCAAUUUCGGUGUUGGUGAGCGUAUAGAAUAUAUGGGAUGGGUCAAUGAAGCGGUAAGCAACAGUAAUCAACCAUGGCAAAGUUACAGACCAAGGUUUUUAGCACUAAAAGGACCUGAUUUAUUAUUAUUUGAAACACCUCCUUGCAACAUAGGAGAUUGGUCACGAUGCGCGCUGACCUUUAAAGUAUAUCAAACAAUGUUUCGUGUCAUGCGAGAAUCGGAAAAUGUAGAUGAAAGGCAACAUUGUUUCCUAGCGCAAAGUCCGGGUAAACCUCCGCGAUAUCUGAGUGUCGAAACUAGACAAGAACUUUUGCGAGUCGAAGCGGCAUGGCAUACGGCGGUAUGCUCAGCUGUGACCCAUUUGAAAAGUAAAUCAUUUCCUGUUACUUUUAAUGGAAGAAGUGCAAGUUUAACCUUGGAAUGGACUCAAGGCUUCACCCUUUCGUAUGAAGACAUAGGAGAGACCAUAUGGCGUUAUAAAUUCUCUCAAUUAAGAGGAUCUAGCGAUGAUGGGAAGAGCAGACUGAAAUUACAUUUUCAAGAAUUGGAUAGUAUCGCUAUCGAAACAAAGGAAUUGGAAUGUUCGCAGUUACAGAAUUUAUUAUUCUGUAUGCAUGCAUUUUUGACCGCAAAGGUUGCCGCAGUUGACCCAACGUUUCUAACGUCGACAACUCCUUAAGAUUGAAGUAAGUAUUAUUGCCAAAUAAAUUGAAAAGUGGUUCAACGUUCAUGCACUUACAUAAACGUACAGAAAUUACGGCUAUUGAAUUAGAGUAAACAUGUGUCGAAUACUAGUCAAUUUUCGAGAAAGACGUUUAUCGUUUCCGAAAAAAGAAAAUUACAUCAAUAUUUUAUUUUAAUGCUUCCAGUUUUAUUUCUACGGAAUGUCGAUAAAUUUUUAUAGUGAGCAACAUCGAUUGCUGAAAGAUAUCUUACUUAUACGUGUUAUUAUGUGUACUGCUAUGAAUUAAGCUAUUUAUUUUUGUAAAUUAAAAAUUUCGAAAGAGACUUAUAUUUUAUUGACAUAUUUUAAGUCGACUAUAAAAUAUAAUUAUUGUUGCUUUAAGUCUACAAGUGUAAUGUUUUCUACAAAACUUGUUUACACAAAAGUCAUAUCUGCAUUCAUUAUAGAAGAGAAGAAAUAUUAAGUUGCAAAUUAAGAAAAUCGCGCUCGUUCAUGAUUUUUGGGUUCCAAUUGUAAGGCAAUCUUCUUUGAGCAAUAUAUUGCAUAUUCACGUGUUAAGUUAUCUUUCACGUAUAUCUGGUGCCUUAAAAACCAUGAACAAGGUGUAACCAAUAAGUUAUAAAAAAGCAAAAAACUGCAUCGAAGUUGUAUAGUUCUUUAGAACAGCAUGUUUUUGUGCAUCUAAUGCCAACAAAAUAUACAUUAUCCUAGAAAAGUUACGACUUGUGUUAAGUAUCGACGUAUGAGAUUGUAUUAGCCUGAUAUUAAUUUUAAAUCAGUAUUAUUACAAUUGAGCGAAGUGAAAUAACGAUGGAAUAAUCUAAUAGCAAUAAAUAGUAACAGUAGACCAUGGUGGCCGUCUGUUAACAAAUUUGAUUUGUGAAUAUACAUAUAAACGACGAGGGAUAGAUUCUAGGGGGCAAAUGCAUAAAUCGUUUGAAGAAGCUUUAAGUAAAAUUCAUUUUUCUUCUCGAAGUUUUGCAGUGCAUUUUCAAAACAAUUUUCAUUCAUACGUACAAAUGUUAAA